AUGAUGGCUUAUCUAAAAUAUUUACAAAGCCUCAUCGGGACUCCGAGACUUCUCAACUUCACAACAAGGAAACAUGUCCCAACCCUAGCGAUAGCCACUCUUUCCUGCUUCAUCGCCAGUUUUACCGUGCCGUUGUUUUCCAUCAUUCUGGGCGAUGUAUUCAACGACUUUGCUCUUCUCGGAUCCGGAGAUAUCACUGGCGAUGCGCUAAUCCCGAGAGUUUCGCGUCAAUGCUUGCAGUUUCUGGCCUUAGGUGUGCUCGGAUGGUUCUUCAAUGGGAUUUACUUCACGCUUUUCGUCGUUUUUGGCGAACUGCAAGCUGCCAAUGCUCGCAGUAAACUAUUCGAUAGUCUACUGAAGAAGGAACAGCGUUUUUUCGAAGAGCAUGAAGAAGGAGAGCGGACUUUUUUAGGCUGCCUUCAAAUUCAGGUGCAGGAACUCCAAACAGCAACAUCAAACUCUCUGGCGCUUGUAUUGCAGUACAUUUUUCGCAUUCUCGUGUCUCUUGGCGUAUCAUUUUAUACUUCGUGGAACCUUACUCUCGUUAUCCUUGCCGGAAUUCCAUUCGUCUCGCUCAUAGUUCCUUACUUGACACCCAAGAUUAAUGCUGGCAUCCAAGCUCAACAAAAUGAACUUAAGACGGCUUCCAAAGUUGUUAAUAAUGCGGUUACAUCUAUUGACACCGUGAAGUGUCUCAAUGCACAAGAUAUUGAGCUGAAGAAGUUCACCGGCGGCGUGGACAAUGCUGCGUCGCAGUAUACCAGGAUGGCACGUCUUAACGCGCUUCAAAUAACCGCCAUGCGGUUCAUAAUGUUCGCCAUGUUUGUACAAGGCUUCUGGUACGGAAGUUAUCUUGUGACAUCGGGCAAGCUUUCAGCCGGUGAUGUACUGAGAACGUUCUGGGCCUGCUCUGCAUUCGCCCAGGCUAUUGAGUGGUUGAUGCCGCAUCUCAUGAUUUUGGAGAAAGGCAAGGUUGCUGCUGCCGCCUUACAACGCACGUUAAAUGAUGGGCUGGAAGCUACAUCUUCGCGGGAGAUGCAGGGGGCGCUGUAUCCAAGUCAUUGUGAUGGCAUCAUCGAGGUGAAAAAGCUAUCAUUCGCAUACCCUUCCCAGCCAGACCGACUCAGUCUAGACUCCUCGAGCUUUCUAUUCCCCGCUGGAGGGACAACAUUCGUCAUUGGAAAAAGCGGCUCCGGCAAGAGUACACUUGGACAAUUACUGACUCGGUUCUAUCUACCAACGUCAGGCGAGAUAUUAAUUGAUGGGUAUCCUAUACAGACUCUGGGUAUCAACUGGAUUCGGAACAACGUCACGUACGUCGAACAGCGAAGCAUCCUAUUCAACGAAUCUAUAUUCAAAAACAUUGCUUUUGGCAGCCGUGACCAUGAGAAUAUUCGCGAAAGGGACAUGGAGGAAUCUAUAAGUCUCGCGAUGCUAGCUAGCAUGGUUGGAAAUCUUCCACAUGGAAUUGACACUUUCGUUGGCGAAGGAGGUAACGCGCUUAGUGGAGGCCAGAAGCAGAGAGUUGCCAUUGCAAGAGCCCGGUUGCGGGAUUCUCCUGUCCUUAUAUUAGACGAGCCUACAAGUGCUUUGGAUGGAACAAAUCGGGUCCAGAUCAUGAACUCCAUUCGCAAAUGGCGUGAGGGCAAGACCACUAUCAUCAUCACUCAUGACAUGUCUCAUAUCAAGGAGAACGAUUUCGUUUAUGUCAUGGACAGUGGUUCUGUCGUUCAGGCCGGGUAUAAAGAAGAGCUCAAAGAAGACCCGAAGUUGGGUGCCUUUUUUCAUGAAGAUGAGGACCAGGAGGACGACUAUUCCGAGACGGAUAACAAUGAUGGCGACAUUUCCGUUACAUCGUCGUGGUCCUCGGAUGACUUUUACAGCCCCCCCCCGCUACCUCCAAAGGACUCAUACAUGACUUACCCUGGCAACCUCCGGGAUGAUCUAAGAAGCUCGCUAUGGAGGAGUGAUCAAAUUGAGGCCUCCCUCAGAAAAGACCCAUUUGUCAGCCACAAUGAAAUCGAAAUGGAUGACCUCAGUAUGAGGACUCAAAGUGUUCGUUUCGAUGGCCCUUCCAGAACCUCCAAAUUGCGCCGCCGGCUCAAGGUACGUCGGCGAAAAAAGCCCUCACACAAUGAAACGAGUGUUCCCCAGCAAGGCCUUGAGAAACCUAUACGAAGGGCAUUGAAGUCGGUCUUACCAAAUUUACUACCCAGACAGCGUCUGUUUUUUGCUCUCGCAAUUUUCUGCAUCCUGGCUCAUGCCGCAGCAACUCCGAUAUUCUCUUACUUCCUCGCGGAACUCCUCAAGACAUUCUAUAACAAAAGCAACAAUAGCAUGAGGUGGGCUCUAGCUGUCCUCGGAGUGGCAAUCGGCGAUGCAUUCACAAACUAUUAUAUGUUUUAUCUCCUGGACAUCUGCGGCCAAACCUGGGUCGAUGGCCUUCGGAAACAAGCGUUCCGCAAAGUCCUAGACCAGGCUCGAAAGUGGUUCGAAGACGAAAGGAACAGCGCCUCACAACUAACCAUUUGUCUUCAUGAAAGUGGGGAAGAUGUUCGUACCAUAAUCACCCGUUUCACUGCGUUCGUUCUAGUUGCUGUUUCCAUCAUGGCAAUGGCCGUUGUCUGGAGCCUUGCGAUUUGCUGGAAACAGACCUUGGUUGCGCUGUCGUGUGGACCGAUUGUCUUUGCCAUUACGAGAGGGUUUGAGACGACAAAUGGUAUAUGGGAUCGGCGAUGCAUUGCUACUAGGGCCGCAGCCUCGGAUGUCUUUCUAGAAACUUUUUCAGAAAUACGCACGGUGAGGAGCUUGACAUUGGAACGUUACUUCCAUCUUAAGCAUUUAAAGGCUGCAGCCCAGUGUCUAAAGAUGGGGUUGAGGAAGGCGAUAUAUACAGGAUUGCUCUUUGGUCUAGUAGAGUCUUCCAAUGUGUUCGUCACUGCACUGAUCUUCUACUAUGGUGCAACUCUAGUCAGGUACAAUGAAUUUACAGUGGACGAUAUUACUACUGUAAACUCGGUUCUUCUCUUCAGCCUGGCAUACGCCAGCACAGUCAUGACUUGGAUACCCCAAAUAAGCAACUCUAGAGAAAUGUCUCGGCGACUCUUUCGGAUCGUCGACCUUCCAGACGCUUCAUCCCAUGAGCACGCGGGUGUGCUCCAAAUAAGCAAGGCAGCCCCAGUCCAAAUCAACCAUCUCAGCUUCCGAUACCCAUCUCGCCCAGGCGCAUCCGUCCUGCGAAACGUCUCCCUCACCAUCUCAGAAGGUUCCUGCACCGCGAUAGUUGGACGCUCCGGGUCUGGGAAGUCAACUAUCGCCUUCUUGCUUUUGUCUCUCUACGAAAUUCCUUCCUCUUUAAAGACAAGCAUAUUCCUCGCUGGUACCAAUAUCCGCCAAAUCCGCACACGCUCCCUACGCUCCCUCGUCUCCAUUGUUCCCCAACAGCCAACUAUAUUCCCCGGCACAAUCCAAGAGAAUAUCAGCUACGGGUUAGAUCAGGUUUCCGAGCAAAGCAAUAUCUUCAACGUCCGCACCGCAGCCCGUGCAGCCGGCGUAGACGAUUUUAUUUCCUCCUUACCCGGUGGCUAUCAAACCGUGAUUGGGGAUGGGGGGGUCGGACUCUCAGGCGGACAGGCGCAGAGGAUAGUUAUCGCGCGUGCCCUUGUGCGCCGACCUCAGAUACUUAUUCUUGACGAGGCGACAUCGGCCCUUGAUCCAGAUAGUGCGGCGACCAUCAAGACGACGGUGCGGAGACUUGUUGCGGCUAAAACAGGGCUUACGGUUAUCGUUAUCACCCACGCAAAGGAAAUGAUGGAGAUGGCAGAUGAUGUUGUCGUAUUGGAAGAUGGAAGGGUUGUUGAGCAAGGCCCAUACCGCGGUCUUUUGAGACGAUCAGGCGGGAGACUAAGGGCUCUCAUCGAGCAUCCUGAGCCUGAUAACACAUAA